UUCUUCAGAGGAAAAAAAAGUGUUUCCUUUGGAGAAUCCAAGUUAACUCGCCGCGUUUACUCAGAAAGCAGUGACGAUGUCGACUCCAGCAAGGAAGAGACUGAUGAGGGAUUUCAAGAGGUUGCAACAAGAUCCUCCUGCAGGAAUUAGUGGUGCCCCUCAAGAUAACAAUAUUAUGCUCUGGAAUGCUGUUAUUUUUGGGCCUGAUGACACCCCCUGGGAUGGAGGCGCGUUUAAACUAACUCUUCAAUUUGCGGAGGAUUAUCCAAACAAGCCACCAACGGUUCGGUUUGUUUCCCGAAUGUUCCAUCCAAACAUUUAUGCAGAUGGAAGCAUCUGUUUGGACAUUCUACAAAAUCAGUGGUCUCCAAUUUAUGAUGUAGCAGCAAUACUGACAUCCAUUCAGUCGUUGCUAUGUGAUCCAAAUCCAAAUUCUCCUGCAAACUCAGAAGCCGCCCGAAUGUUCAGUGAGAACAAGCGUGAAUACAACAGGAGAGUGCGUGAGAUUGUGGAGCAGAGUUGGACCGCUGAUUAGCUUAUGUGUUGGUUCCAUAGUAAAAGAAGAAGCAAAAGAGUAUCGGAGUAUGUGAGAUUGUCGAGCAGCUGAUUGAUAUCUCAGAGGUUGGUUCUAUGGAACAUUGAAAAUAGUCUGAAUAACAUUGACACAUAAGAUGUGUUGCAAACUCUGUUUACAUUAUUAUGUUGGUUUUAUGAGAGUGAAUGGUGUUUUCAAAGACCA